CAAAGUCCAAAAACAGGCACCAACAUCAUCCCACCAUCACAACCAACAGGUAGAGCCCCCUGCUGCCAUUCUUCUCUGUUCUCUCUCUCUCUCGCACACACACACACACGCGCAAAAGCAUAGACUAACAUGGAGCCAAUUUGAAAGACAAGAGGAAAGAAGGGAACAAUCUCUCUCUCUGUCUCUGCGUUGAGAUGGCCCAGCUGGACCAAAUUUAUGGAGGAAAAAAGGAAAGGUUGUCUUCUGAGGCUCCAAACCGACCCAAGGACUGAAUUACAAGACUGCCCCUCUGCAACAUCCCAAAAAUCUCAUCCUCACGGAAGACCCAGUUUUAUCUGCACCAAAGGAGUUGGGGUGUGUGUGGGUGUGGGGAUGGAGGAUUGUUUUUGGUCAGAGCUUCAGUGCGCAGUCCAAACAAGAAAACAAUAUGCCACCCAACAACAACAUCUCCAUUCUCCACCAUCACCACCACCACCACCCUUUCCCCCUCCCCAUCUUCUUCUUUCUUUCUCUCUCUACCUUUAGUUGUUUCCCUGACCCAUGGGCGGUUCUGGGGAGUCCUGUUCCCACAUGACUCCUUCUCUCUCUAGCAUUGAUAGCGUCUAGUGGGAGAAAAGAGAAUAUAGAGAGAGACAGAGCGAGCCAUGAGAGUGGGGUUCCGAGUCCUGGGUUAGGUGGCAUCACCUUGGUUUUCUUAUUAGGGUUGGACUCUGCUAUUUUUGGGUCUGGCUUUCCUUCUCCCGGUGUGAUUCCUUCCUUUCUUCGUUCCUUCCAAUCUCCUGCUUAGCGAGAGGGAGAGAGAGAUAGGGGGGAGAGAGAGAGAGAUGGCUUCUGUACCUGAUGCGAAGAAAUUGAUGUUGAAGCACCAAAGCUUGAAGCAGGAUUUCGACGACUUGCUUCGUGAAACGCAGGCUUUGAAGGCAAGGUUACAAGAAGCCAGAAAUAAGAGACUAAGACUCAUAGCAGAAGUUAGGUUUUUGCGACGAAGGCACAAGCUCCUGACCCGCGAUUCAUCACAUGCGAACACAAAAGAAAGGACCGUCCAACCUCAGAAAUCAGAAGCUCCAAUUGGAACCGACAAUGGGAGAAAGAAUCACAAAGAAGAGGAUGUUGCUACUAUGCGGAAUCGCUCUCUUUUAGACUUGAAUCAGGCUUCUGAUCCUAAUAUGGAAUACAAUGGAGGAGUUCAGGUUGUCUGGGAGCCUUUGAGAUUGGAAAAGAAGGCGAAGAUGGUAGCCAUCGAAGGUGGUGAUGCCUUGGCGAACGAUUUGAGGUUAUCCAUCUGUAGGGGAGUUGGUAAUGGAAUAGGUAAUAACGAUGGAGGUAAAGAAAGAAUGGGCAAAAGGAAAAUCUCAUGGCAAGAUCAGGUAGCUCUGAAGGUGUCUGGUCUUGCCAGGCGGAAGGAGAUCCGAGUUCCGGUUCAACCUUUUGAAUGGAAACGAAUGGUUUUUGAAGCCUCGUCGUCCUCCCAUGUUUGCUGAUAUUAUUAGCUAUUAGUGCUCACAUGUGGCAGACAGAGAGAAGAAACAGAAGAUGCCUGUAGAGGCAAGGCAAUUGUUAUCUUCAAGGUGAAGAGAAUCGGAUGCUCGUACCGCAAUGAUUCUUCUUGCCGUUGCUUACGGAUCUUUAAAGGCUUGUGAUAAGAUUAUCUAGAUUUUAAGCCUGUUGUGGUUAAUGCACGAGUUUUA